AUGACGACGAGAAAGACUUUUAACGACGACGACGAGAACAACCGGAAAGAGGAGAACUGUUAUUACGAGAAGGAGGAAAAAGAAGAGGCGGAGGAAAAAGAAGAGGCGGAGGAAAAAGAAGAGGCGGAGGAGAAGAAGACAACAGAGAAGGUGUUGUUAUUACUGUUGUUCGAGAGAGAGAUUGAGAAACAUUCGGCGCGAGCGAAAGCGCUCAAAGAGACGGUGGAGGAGGAGACGCGUCGAAACGACGCGAUGGAGAAGAACGUGCGCGAACGAGAGGAACGCGCGAGAAGAGAGAAAAGAGCGAUGGAGAAAAGAGCGAAGAAGAAGAAGAAGAAGGUUGGAGGAGUUUUCUCUUCUUCUUCGGUUAAAGAGACAGAGGAGAACGCGAGGAGAGACGAAGAUAUUCGAGAGUUGAUCAAAAUUCGAUUGAAGAGUUGCGAGUUUGAGUUGCGGUGCGAACGCUCGAGACUCUUUGGAGAGGUGAAGGACGUGUUUGAGUUGGAAAGCGGAGGAGAGAGGAAGGUGCGUGGAAGGAAUGACAGCAUUAGCAGUUACGGAAAGUUUUUACCGGAUGUGGACGCGUUCGCGUACUCUUCGAAACAAUCGACUCAGAACAACAACAACAACAACAACGACAACAACAAAGAUUUGGACGCGUUCAUCGAAGUGCUUUUCAAUAGUAGUAACAAGAAAAGCGACGACAAAAUUGAAAACGAAAACGAAAUUGCCGCGACGCUUUCGAUGAUGAACAGAUUCGUCACGCUUUUAGGUAAAUAUAGCUUCUGCCCGUCGCUCCAUCGAUCGACGCCGGGCGUGACGAACGCGACGGAGAUAUGGAAGCCGUUAGAUUCAACGACAACGUCUUCGAGCAGGAAUUUCGAGCGAGGCGGGAAGGAAUCUUUCGACGACGACGACGACGAUUACGCGCGCGACGAAGCCGUGAAAGUGGAUGAGUUUUUUAGGAAAACUUUUGGAAACGAAGACGUGGUUUUGUACGGUGACAUCGCCUCGCCCGAGUGCGAGAUAUUACCGCUGUAUUACGCUCGAGCCGCUCCAAAAAGAAGCGGUGGCGUCGGCGGCGAGGAGGAAGAAGAUGCGCGAGCGCAAAAGAAACGCCUUCUCCGCGCCGUGCGUUUGCUACAGAAAUCGUGCGAAAUAGUCACCGCGCACUUUGCCGCGGAAGUUACCGAACUCGUAACGAGCGAUAUCUUCGAUGACGAUGAAAAUCAGUAUCACUUCACUCGUCGCUUGAUGAAAGAAUUAAAUGGAAAUACAAACAACGCCACUCGUGGCGGUCCGUUUUGUUCAUUACUGGUAGCGUUUGAAGCGCUCGUUGAAAUCGCGGAAAGGAAACGUUUGCAGGAUUUAUACUACCGCUCGAGCGCAUCUUCUUCGUCGUCUUCGAUGUCGUGCGAAGAGCUUUUCUCGUCCGAGGACGACGACGACGACAACAACAAAGAAGGUUUCGAACCGGUUGUCGUGAUAUCGUCCUCAUUACGAAACAUCGACAACACGGCAAAGUCCAAAGCGACGAUGACGACGAAAAAGAAGAACAGAAAGAGCAGCCGCAAGAGACAACUCGCGGAAAAAAGUAAAUCGAUGAUAAAAAGCGUCUGGAGCUUCGUCGCCGAACCGACGAAGAAAUUCGAGAAGAAUUUGAAAUUGACGCGAGUACCGGAAAACAACGACGACAACGACGAAAUAUCGAAAGUCAACCGCCCUCAUCGCAACGCUGAAAACGAAGACGAAGAUUGGGACGUCGUGGAUGUACCACACACGCUCAUCCGGAAAACGCCCUCCAGCAAUAGCGGGGUUUCCAAAACGAAGAACAUUCGUUUACCGCCACCGCCGUGUGAGGAAGAAAAUCUAAACCAUUACGUGCGAGCGAUGUUUACGGAUAAGCAAUAG